AUGCGCCUACAAAAGAUUUCAUCGUUGUUUUUAAGAAAUAGGAGACUGUCGAGAUUUUAUGCUACUUACGGGAAAUGGGAAAAGGAUAUGGAUGAUGUAAAGAAUAACAAGGAUGAAUUCCAUUUCGAACUUGGACGUUUUGGUGAUGGUGAUGUUGGCGCCUCUUCUCGAGUUAAUCUUAUUUCAAAAGAUAUGGAGGCUCAACAAUUGACUUCUAUAGCUACUGUCAGUUCUGUUGGUUUUCGUCUAGUCGACAAGUCCUUUCUUUUUGGCCCUAUAGCAGUUUUUCCUAAAACAACGCUUUCUUGGCGUGUUUUAUCUCCUUCAGAUAUAACACCAGAAUCUUUAGAAUUAUUUUUUAUGUUACAACCAAAGUUGGAUAUCCUUCUAAUUGGAGCAGGGAAUAAAUCCGACAUUGACAUUGUUAGGAGAAAUGUUGGACCAGCAAUUUCUAAGGCGCGGAUUGGAUUUGAAAUUCUGGACUCUGAGGAUGCUGCUACUACAUUUAAUUUUUUAAAUUUUGAAGGACGGUGUGUUGCUGCUGCUCUAUUUCCUCCAAGGGAUUAUUAUGUUAAUGACAAGGAGCAUCAAGCUUUUAUUAGAGAUGUUCGUGGAGGAUUAGAUGGGGCUACAUUUGAUGAAGUUACAUUUGGCGUUGGCUCUUUACUUGAUUCGUUAACAGCUGGUGAAGAUAAACACGUUCGUGCUGCAUGCUAUAAUAUUUGGGGAUUCCGUACAGCUAAAGCUGAAGAAAUGGUUCAAGUAAUUCAUAAGAUGAGAGAAAAUGUAAAACAAAAGUCAGAUGCAUUAUUAGACGAAAAGAGAAAGACGUCUGCAACAGACCAUACUCUUUUGCUUCAAGAAAUGAAAGAAAGGAAAGAAGCAGAAAGGCUUAAAAGAUAUCAGGAGAGGAGCAAAGUACCUCUUGUUGAACUUGGAGAUGAUUCUUCAACAAAAUCUAAAAAGGAAUAA